CCUCUGGAAUAUUGACCUGUGUUUUGAGUAUAUAGUAUGUUCUGUACUUGCUGUAGAAUUUGAAUGUUGUAGGCGGAUUCUGUAAACACUUCUAAGGUCAUCAAACACAGAUUACACAUAGAUAUAGAUAUGGAACGAAUAGAUUAAGUACUAGCUUUAACGCUAUAGAUAUUUCAUCGUGAUCCUAACGGGUUGAUUCCCACGUGAUGUUUUACCGUUUACAUUGGUGGAUCUGGUUGGAAGAACUUAACGGUCUGAGUAAUAUAACGGGCAGUAACGGCCUACACGAAGAGUUCGUUAAUUGUGACGUCGGAAGUAAGAAAGAAAUUACAGUUUUUAAAGUUUAACAAAAUAAAUUACGCCACUUGUCUCUCGAAUACUUCAGCGUUUUUCUGGACAUCCUAUAGAAGGUAAUCAAAUGAUUGUAAAGAUUCUUAAAUAAACCUCGGUGGUUUUAACCAUGUUUGCUAUUUGUUGUUGGAAGGAGCAUCUGUACCAUCCUAUUAAAAAAGAGCUAUGUCCUUUAUGUUGAAAAAGAAGAAAUACAAAUUUCAAGUGAACUUUCUUCUUGAAGAUCUUACAGCAGUUCCUUUUGUGAAUGGAAUGCUGUUUGCAAAAGUACGCCUUUUGGAUGGAGGAAGUUUUUCUGAAAUGUCUUCCAGGGAACAGGUGAAAGAUCACCAUGUGAAAUGGGGUACUCGAUGUAGGUUCUGCUGUAAAAUGAGUGCCAAUGCUGUGACUGGCAUAUUAGACCCUUGUAUGUGUAGAAUAUCGGUUAGAAUGGAGGUAAAGGGAGGCAGGUCCUUCCUAAAAUUGGGCUUUGUUGACCUCAACUUGGCUGAAUCUGCUGGAGCUGGUGUGCACAUUCGGAGGUGUCUGCUUGAAGGUUAUGGUGCAAAGCAUCGUCAAGACAAUUCUAUAUUGCAGGUGACCCUACAGAUGACCUUACUUUCAGGAGAUCCUUGCUUUAAAGCACCUUCCAUGAGACCCACAAUGGUUUCAAGGGAACAGUCAAAAGAACAGUUACUACCAGAAAGACAGAAAGAAGACUUUUCUGGAAGCAAUUUAACUAUUAAUAAUUUUGAUAGUCUUCCCAGAAAAAUAAAAACCGAUGCUCAUUCAUCAGGUGGGGAUACAACUUCAAUUGGAAAUGAAAUUGAUGAGGAGAAGGAAGGAAAACUUGUAUCUCAAGCAGAAUCUGAGUUUUGGCACUCCUGCAACUCCAGCUAUUCAAGUCAGCUGUCACCUGCAUCAGUGUACCAUAGUUUUCAUUCCCACUCUAGACAUGGAAGCUCAGAGUUUGGACAUUCUAGAAACGUCAUUUUGGGUGUGAAUGAAGCAAGACUCCCAGGAAUUUUCAAGCUUACAGAAAGAAAGAGGCCAACAGGAAAGAAACAGCUCACUGAAGAAAACAGGAUGGAUUCUACUAGAGUUAAUGCUGACCAACUAAUCAAGGAGCUGUUUGAAGCUAGUAAUUUUGAUGAAAAUGAAGAACCUGCUGAAAAUCGUGGGUUACAGUUAUUCAUUGGCAAGGAUGGGAAAAUAACCUUAGGAAGCCAAAGCAGCAAGACCCAGUCUAACAGAUCUAAGCUGGAGAAGGUUAUGAUUGAACUUAGAUAGCACAUUGUUGUGCUAGAUAUCUUACCUUUUUGGUGCUAGAUAUUUUUUAUUGUUAAACCAUUGUAUAAGCCCAUCACUUUCUGGGAUUCAUUGUUGACCUUCUUUAACCAAAUCAAGUUUUAUAAGUUAAUCUAGUUCCAGGAAGUUGAAGGCAAAAUAAGGAACAUCAAAUUUCUUUUCUCGACAGCUAGAAAUCAUACAGAGAGUUACAGAUGUGUACAAGUGAAGGCUUGGAUUUAGACUUUCUGAGGUAACUUCACAGAAGCAGAUAUAUAUAUAUAUAUAUUUGUAUAAUGUAUAUAAUUCGUAAUGUGUUUGUAUCAUAAAGAACUGUCUGAAAGAAAUACAAACAAAUUCAAUCAGGCAGCAAUAAAGUUAAAACUAAGUUGUUUAUACAUUUUUGCUAUCAAAGGUGUAAUAAACUACGUGAAAUAUGUAGAACCAUGUGUUUGUAAACAACAUAAAUAUAUAAUCUUUGUUUGGUUUUUACAUACUCAGAUAGACGAAAGUUAAUUUAUUAAAGGCACAUCUUCAUUAUCUAGGAAUAUAAUGAUUCAUACAUAUCUGUUUGGAAGGACCAUGAUUUAUGUGAACAAUGACAAAUAACAUUCUCUGUUCAGUUUUUAUGGAGAAUGUCUCUAGUGCCAUUAAGUUAAAAUAAAAAUGGUUCUCAAUUAUUGGA